AUAUCACUAACCCCUAGGGUCCUCAAUUGAUUCUCGAUGAUCAAUCACGAACUCGUCACGUGCUUUCUGUAAAGUGUGUGCGUUUUCAUCAUACCUGGGUUGAUCAGGUCACGCAGAAGAGCAAAAUGCAUAUAUAAGUCCGUCAAAGACACCCGCGCUGAUUCAGCUUUACUGAUCCUCUGAUCUUAUAGUAGGCCUAUGGAAAAAAUUAGAGACGUCAUUCCUGAUUAUCACGAUGGGGAUUUUCUGUGCCCUAAAAGUGGGGCAAAGCUGGCCUCUCUCUUUGGUCUGGACCGAGCAGAGUGUCAGGGAAAUGAGUCCUUCCAAUUCACCGCCCCCAAACAACCAAAAAGGACAAGCGGUGUAUUAGGGCUGCCUCCUAAGAAACCUCCUCCUCCUCCUCCAUGUGCUCCAGCUGUGCUGUUUGCUACAGCUGCUCAUGCAUUCUGCUUUGUAAAUGGGCAAUAUGUGAAGCAAGGCAAGAUAGGAGCUGCUGUUUUAGGGAAUCAUGUCACCAAAGAGUACAAGAUUCUGUUGUACGGCAAUAAACAAAAGCAGAUCACAACGGCUCGAAUCCAGCGUGGAUUUGUGCUCACGGUUCAGCCCUGUGAAUACGUCGCUUUCUAUGAUGACCAGCAGCAGAACUGGUCUUUAAUGUUUGACUUAGAAAAGGCCAGACCGGAGUUCAUAAGGGAGGUGUUUUUGGCCAGGUGGAACAGCGAGGCUUCUUCAGACUCUCUUCUCACCCAGGAUCUGCUCCAUGGAGAAGGUCAAGCUGUAAAUGUAGGAGACACUGUGGAGGUGGCAUAUUCUGCAUGGCUCUUACACAACCACUCUCUAGGACAGAUAUUUGACUCAAAUCUGGGCAAAGAAAAGCUCCAGCGUGUGAAGCUUGGUUCAGGGAAAGCUCUGAGGGGAUUGGAAGACGGGGUGCUUGGUAUGCAGAAAGGGGGUCGACGGCUGCUAAUCAUCCCUCCUAGUAUGAGUUACGGGUCAAAGAGCGGCCCUAACCAUGUUCCGGCAGAAAGCACUCUGGUCUAUGAUGUAGAAAUUCAUCGAGUUAAAUUCUGCAAAAACAGACAUGGUGGGGGAUCUGCUGAACCCUCCCGCACACCUCCGGACAUCUGUUCAGACACUCUGAGUGAAGGAAAGCUGGACACACCGGAGACAGACAAGUCAAAGUGUGCGCAGCAUGACCUAGACCAAGCUCCUGAUGGAAAGGUGGAACCUAAAAGUGAAUGCCAGAUUGAUUCUGGUCCAUCUAAAGCCAAACUGAUCUCUCGUAUAGCCAAGAUGGGUCAACCUAUGCUUCCAUUUCUGAUUGGGGCAAUUCCAGCUCAGCCCGACCCCAGCGACUCCGAAACAGAGGACGCCAGUGAGUCUGGACUGACCUGCGACCCCUGUCCUUCACAUGAUUCACCCUCCCCAAAACCUGCUCAAAUUCCCUGCACUUCUCCACCUUCGUUGUAUCAGGCUGAUGCUGUUCAGAAUAAGGAAGCAGCACCACAAGCAGAAUCAAACCCUGCUCAAGACUUUCAGCCAUGUUCCUGUAGAGAAAAUCCGUAUUUUCCACCACAGCUGAAUUCUUUUACUUCAAUUUACCAAGCCCAGCACAUUCCAUACUCAACACCUGAUAUUACAUCCUUCCUGAUGUCUGACGCUCGCCAGCAUAACAAAGAAAUCCUGAUGGCUAUUGAGAAGCUGGAACAUAGGGUGGACCGACUGACCAGCAAGGUGGAUGAUUUACAUAAAGAGGGUCACUUCUCUUUCGGACUCGCCACUGUGUCUUUAGAAACAAACAUGAUCCUGUACAACAUCCAGAGAAUUAUUCAGCAGGAGAGCGUGUGCCUGAAAAAUGAGGUUUUGAGCUCUAAACUGGAGGGACAGAACCACAAAAUGGAGGAUCUGUGUGAACAGAACAAGAGGUAUAUGGAGCAGCUGCCAAUCCAGACCUGCCACAUUCAUUCUGAGCAGGAAAAGGAGGAUUCGUUGAUUUCCUCCUGUCAGUUGCAGCAGCAGUUGGUGAAUCUCCAGCAGAGGGAGACAGAGAUUCAGACUCAACUCAGUGCUGCUCUCGAUGACAAACACAAGCACUGUGCUCAGAUCAGCCUUCUGGAGGCACAAGUGGCAGAACUUUUGAAAAAAGAAGAACAGAGCGAUCAGCGGUGGAGGGCAGAGAAGCAGAAGUACAAAGAGUUGGAAUCCACUAUACAAAACAUGGAUGAGGAGAUGCAAGACCUGAGGGCUGAAAAGGAGAAUCUGCAACAGGUCCUGUCAGAGAAAAAGAGGAAGUGGAAGGCUGAGCGGGAGCGCAUUAUUGUGGAGCAGGAGGAGGAACAUGAGAGGAGUCAGCAGGAGGUCCUACAGCUCCUCAUGCAGCUCAGAAAGGCCAGACACUCCACUGAAGCACUUAUGAAGCAGGCUGAGUUUGAGUUGAGCGCUCAAAAGAAAUGUGAUGCUGAACUGGCAGAGCAAGAGAAGCUGGAAGGAGCCAUAACUGAGCUGCAAGAACAGUGUGAGGAUCUAACAACAACGUCGUCAAGUAUGAAUGAGCAGUUUGACACUCAGUUGGCUGUUCAGGUAAAGCGAGCGAUGAAAGAAGUGUUUCAGUGUCUCAGGACCGAGUUUGAUCUGCAGGAGUCUUACAGAGGACAUUCAGUUCUCCAGAUUCUCCAAAACACCAUCAAGGGCGUCACCAUGAAAUUCCUCUCAGAAUCUUGGGAGUUUGAAUCAGAUGAAGAUAAAGCAGAAGAAGAAUAUGGAUCUACUGAAGAGGUGUUGAUGCCGAAGGAUAACGAUGAAAUAGAGGAGAAAGUAGAGCAUUAAGCAGAAGGUAUUUAUGUAAACUAAACAAAUCAGAAUGUCCAUAAACUACAAUCAAAGUUUAAGAUUAGAAACUAAGUCUAGAUCUGAUUCUUUCCCACAGCAACAGUCAGUUUUUCAGUUUGUUUGACUGUAUGAAACUGAGGAGGUUGUGAACAAACUGUAAAAGGAUCACAUGUUGACAUGGGAAUGCUAACCACCAACUUUACUAUUUCUCCUACAGAAAGUCCUUUAAUUUAACAUUUAAGCAUUUUAAAACAAAAAAAUUGACUGGAUUUAUAUGCAUUUGUUUGAGUAAAAUGUAAAUCUUUUAUUCUUCAAACUUCUAAAACUCCUUUAUUUAUACCAUCUUUUGGCAAAAAUUAAUAAAAAUAUGCCACAUGUUAAGACAUUUUCAUAAUUAAUGGGUCACACUUAACGACAAGGUGGUAUUAGUUAAUAUUAGUUGUAUUAAUGUAUUAACUAACAUAAACAAACAAUGGACAGUACAUUUAUUACUGUAUUUGUUCAUGUUUGUUCACGUUAGUUAAUGGAAAUAAAGUUGUUCAUUGUUCAUGUUAACUCACAGUGCUUUAACUAAUGCCAACAAGCAUGAACUUGGAUUUUAUUAAUGCAUUAGUAAAUGUUGAACUAUGAUUUUAAAAUACUGUGCAACUAUGGUUCAUUUAUUAGCUCAUGUUAGUAAAUAAACUAAUAUUAUCAUACUAUUAUCAUAAUUAUAAUGAAAUCCAAUUGUAAAGUGUUACUAAUUAUAGAAUAGGAUAAAGACACUUAAGAAGAGAUAAUCUUGAACAUUUUUAAAUAUCCAAUAAUAGGCAAAUGAAUAAAAUAUGCAUAAACUAAUUUGAAAAGGAGAGGUUAAAACUAAUCUAAUACAUGCUUCUGUUACAGAACAAAUAUCUCUUUGUCUGAAAAGCAUCUUCAUAAUUCGCUAUGAAAACACUGAUGCACUGUGUGAUCUUCAUAGCACUUGUCGAAGCAAGCGGAGCUGCAAGUCAUUUGAAUUUAGCAUAUAGAUGUCUGUGACAGAUGUUUUUUACUGUGCUGAUUGUUUAUGUGCAUCAUAUUCGUUGUUCUGUUAGUAUAAGUAAACAUCUUUUCCCAGUAUUUAAACAGAGUUUGUGUCUCUGUAGCACUUCACCGAUGUCUUUUUACUCUGCCGCCCCACCAUUUGUUCACUUCUGAUGUGCAGGUAAAGCAGUGUUGCCAACUAUUUCCAAUGAAAAGUAGCUAAAACCUGCCCGAAAAGUAGCUAAAUGUUGCCAGAUGACGUCACUCACUUUUUUGCAUAUCAGUGACAUCAUCACGUAGUAUAAGACAAGCGUAAGCCCGUCAUGU